AUGUCAGUGCAGUCAGCUCCACCGGAGCAGCGCGAGCGUCCCGCCAGCCUGCUGCUAGAGCUGCCGCUCGCUACCCAAGUCGGCGCGUACUUGUCGGCGAUGUCGCCGACGGAGCAGGAGGAGGACUCGCUGCUGACGCUGUCGUCGGUGACGGCGCGGCCGCUGCUGGCCGCCUCGCGCCAGCUGCGCGGCCCCACAGACACCACCGACACCUGUAGCACCAGCCCUCCCGACGGCGGUUACGGCUGGGUGGUGGUCUUCGGCGCCUUCAUGGUGCAGUUCUGGGUGGCUGGCCUGUUCAAAUCCUACGGCGUUCUGUACGUAGAGAUCAUGGAGACGUUCCCCGACUCGUCUGAGUCGGUCGCGUCGUGGAUCCCCGCUGCGCUGUCCACGCUUUGCUUGGCUUUGGCUCCUCUCUCGUCGGCCCUCUGCGAGAAGUACUCCUGCCGGCUCGUGGUGUUCAUCGGAGGCCUGUUCUGUGCGACUGGUCUCGCGCUAUCCUACUUCAGCACUGGACUCCUCCAUCUGCUGCUCAGCUUUGGAGUUAUGACUGGUAUCGGUGGAGGAUUAUCAACUACUCCAGGAAUUGUUAUCGUGUCCCAGUACUUUGAUAAGCACAGAGCACUAGCGAACGGAAUAUGCGUGAGCGGGACGGCUGCGGGCAGCUUCGUGUUUCCUAUGCUGAUUGAGAAGCUGGUGGAUAUGUAUGGACUGCAUGGGACUGUACUUCUUCUGGGAGGAGGCAUGCUGCACGUGUGUGUGUCGGCGACGCUGUACCGCGCGCCGCCCGCCCCCCGCGAGCGGAGCCCCACCCCCGCCACCACCUCCACGGAGAACACCACGCUGCUGCAGGACAUACAGGAGUGUCUGCCCAGGGAGGUGGCCAAGCUCCGUCUAAGACCAACCAGGUCUUCGUCUAUCCUGCACUCCGUGGAAGACCUGUCCACAGACAGCACCUGCGUUUACAAAGCGAGCAGGAGAAAACUAAGCAGGUCCCUCUACAUCCGACCGCCGCUGCCCAGCCGGCUCAUCCAGAACAAGUUGGCAGAACCAGUCAUCAUCAAGCAGGAGCAGGAAGUGCAGAAGGUGGACGUCGUACAACCCAAGAAAGCAAAGAGAAGCUGCAUUGAGAAAAUAUCCAGGUACCUGGACGUCUCCUUACUCAAAGACUGGCGGUUCGGCCUCCUAUGCGGUUCCGUGGCGCUUAUGUCCUGUGGCUCGCCCUACGCGUUAUACUACCUGCCAGCGUACACCGUGGCUAAGGGACACAGCAAGUCUGCUGCAGGUCACCUGGUAGCCAUAAGUGCAGUGCUCGAUCUCUGCGGCAGACUGGGACUCGGAUACCUCUGCGACCUGCAUCUCUUCUGCAGACGGAAGGCUUACAUCGUCAGUAUCCUAGUGGCCGGUGUAGCAGUUCUGACUCUUCCUAGCUUCACAUCCUGGUGGGCACUUGCGAUUGCUUCAGCGGCAUACGGAUUGUGCCUCGGCUGCUGGUUCCUCCUCGUACCAGUGCUAUUGGCGGAUGCGUUCGGCACCGCUCGCAUCGCGUCGUCGUACGGACUCGUGCGAAUGUUCCAGAGCAUAGCGGCUGUCUCCGUGCCGCCUACAGCAGGAUUGAUCAGAGACGUAACCGGCGGCUACUCCUGGUGUUUCUACGGCAUGGGCUCCUGCAUGGUCCUGGGUUCCAUUCCCGUCAUAGCCUUCCAUCUGAGCACCAAGAACGAAGACUCCGAGUCUUCAGUCGAUUGAAAGAAAUAAAUGUGUACUUGAUUCAAGUUUUUGGAGUUUCUCUAAAUAUUUGGUGUUUUUCAACUUUUCUACACAAAAUGUUGAUGGUAUUUGUCGCGAUCGCACAUUUAGAUAAAAAGUGGCAUAACUCAAAAUAAUUCAAAAUUGAGUUUUUACGAAUCUGCGUCAAAAAAUACGUAAAGUACUUGCUGUUCCUGUAAAAAAAAAGUUUUUUGAGUUGCACUGCUUUUUAUCUUGGUGUGCGAAGUAUGUAAUUUAUGUGAUUUGUGGGUAGAGAGGUUAACUGUAUGAAAGAAUCGAUAUAAGUGUAAGUAUAUUUCAUUAUGACCAUAUUCAUGUUAUUAAUUUGUUCAUUA